AUGUACAUAACAGAGUCCAGGCUACUAAGUAAAGGCAUAUCUUCGCUACGUGUACCAUUGUUUAGAGGGCUUCAUAAUUCGAGAAUAAACUUGCAUGAAAACCCUUUAGGAUUACCAAAGAUAGGGUCCCGUAACGGUGGUGAUGGAGAAGCUAAACGCAUGUCUAGAGGAUUGCCUGUAAAGAAAAGAAUAGCAAAUGUUGACAGGGUGAUAUUGGUAUCAUCAGCCAAAGGUGGAGUUGGAAAAUCUACAGUUGCAGCUAAUCUUGCUCUUGCAUUACAAGCCAAUGGCAAACGGGUUGGGCUUUUAGAUGCCGACCUCUUUGGGCCGUCAAUUCCACGAUUACUAAAUUUAUCCUCAGAACCUCGUUUAACUGAUGAUGGUAAGCUAUUACCGCUUUCAAAUUAUGGGAUUGAGUCGAUGUCGAUGGGAUACAUGAUAAGUCCAGAUAAUGCAGUUGUAUGGAGAGGAUUGAUGGUCAUGAAAGCUAUGCAACAACUCUUGUUCGAAGUUGAAUGGUCUCCGUUAGACUAUUUGGUCAUUGACAUGCCACCCGGUACCGGUGAUACCCAGCUUACUAUAAGUCAGCAAAUUAAAAUUGAUGGAGCUGUUAUAGUCACGACUCCGCAAGAAAUAGCUCUCCUAGAUGCUGUUAAAGGUGUGACAAUGUAUAAUAAGGUUCAUGUACCUAUAUUGGGUAUUGUCAAAAACAUGGCUUUCUACGUGUGUCCUCAUUGCAGCCAUGAAGCACAUAUAUUUGGUACAGACAGUGUUGAAAGAGAAGCUAAAAGAUUGAACAUUGAAAUACUUGGUUCAAUCCCCUUAAAUGAAGAAAUUAGUGCACAAGCAGACGCAGGCAAGCCUAUUGUUGUUAGUGAUCCCAAGUCUCCACUUUCCACGCCAUAUUUUGAAAUUGCAAAACAGGUCAUGUCAUCUUGCGAUGAAGUGAAUAAGUAA